UGCUGCGCUGCGAUCGUACAAAGCGGAAGACGGUCGUUUCAGUUUUGAAAAAAUGUCCGUGAAGUUGGUACUUGUUGCGCUAGCGGUUGCCGUUUCUUCGUCCCCAACGGCUGCCCUUCCAGUAGGCGAUAGUUCGGAUUCCGAUGAAGAUCUGAUACCGAUCAAUACCCUGGAGCGGCAGUGCUUACUGCGAACUGGUUCCACGGAAACGUUCGAACAGCUAAUGUCCGGUUUCUCGUUUGUACCGAUAUGUUUCGCUGGUCAUCUCGAUUUGGACGGACUCAGCGACGAUCUGGAAGUGCUGAACGAUACAAAUCGGGUACAAUUUUUCGACAAAUACUGCCCCCAGGUAAAUGAAUCCUUGCAGUGUGUUAACCCGAUGUUGGAGCUACUUCGCAAAUGCUGGGACGGCGAAGAGUUGGCAUUCCUGGACAUCAUGAUCAAUCUACUGCCGGAGGCGCUGAAUCUGAUUUGCAAGGGUCAUGGCGAGAUUUUCUUCAGACUAGAUGGACCAGAAUACGAAAAAUGUUUGGAUAAGUUUGACGAUUACGCGAUCGAAUGCGCGGGCAAGAUGUCCAAUACGACCGAAGCAAUGUACCUGUCCAAGUUUGGCGAGAUACAGUGUGGAGAGCUCCGUGAUUUUCGAGGUUGCAUUUCGGACAAACUUGACUCCUGCAAGGCUCAGGGAGUUAUAGAUCUGGUUGAUCUAUUCUACAGACCGGUGGUGAAGGCCAGUCCGUGUAAGAAGUUCAUCAAUCUUGAAGAGCACAAAGCCGUUGAAACAAAUGAAAUAUGAUGACACAGAGAGCAGUUGCAAUAAAUGACACUAAAACAAAUUAUAAAUAUAAAGUGAU